AUGAACGAAUCAAAAACUAUAAAGUUAAAAGCAAAAGGAUAUCAUACAAUUAAAGAAAUUAAACAAAUGAUCCAGUAUAAAAAAGGCAUUCCCUCAGACCAACAACAUCUUACGUUUAAUAAUGAAACGCAAUAUGACGAUUAUACCUUGUCAUAUUACAAAAUCGAAGAAGAAUCUACUUUGCAUCUAGAAUUUAAAGCAAUAAUGAUCUAUGUAAAAUUAACAAAUGGGAAAACGAUAAAACUUGAAGUGGAUAGAUAUUGCUCUGCCGAACAGGUUAUAAAUAUGAUUAAAGACAAAGAAGGAAUUCCCUCUUAUCAAUAUUUUAUUUUUAAUGGCAUGACAAUUUAUCCCUGGAACACCUUAGAAUCAAAAAAGAUUAACAAUGAAUCCACACUCAAUCUAUUUCAAUAUAUACCAUUCUCUGGUCAAAUAUUUGUGCAAGCAUUAACUGGAAAAAAAUUUACUUUGGAAAUAAAUUCGAGUAACACUUUCGACCAAAUUAAAUUGAUGAUCCAGCACGAAGAAGGAAUCCCACCUGAUCAACAACGUCUCAUGCUUGCUGGCAUGCAAGUAGAAGAUGGCCGCACUUUGUCAGAUUAUUAUAUCCAAAGAGCUGGUCGCAAAGAAUUUGAUGCAUUGCCACCACUUACGCAAUAUAUACUAACACCUGAAGAACGUCUACAAAAUGGAAUUCAUGCUGGUAUUAUUUGUAAUUAUUGCAGUAAAAGUGAAUGGAAAGGAGCGAGAUAUAAAUGUUCGGAAUGCCCUGAUUUUGACUUGUGCUUUAACUGUAUUGCAAUGUCCAACCUACUUCAUAAUGUGCAACAUCAAUUUUUGAAACUCUUGAAUCCCUUAGAUCCGAAAAUAGUUUCUAAAAAUACCUCUAUUUCUUCUGUUAAUAUCAUCCCAAUAUUACCGAACACGAAGGAAAAAUUAUUAACUCUACUACGUGAAGAAGAGCGACGAAGGCAUUCGCCUGAAAUGCAAAAAAAAUAUUAUGAUGUUGGGAUCGAUCCUACAUGUGGCAAGGAUUGGAUGGAUGUUACUGCUCAGAUGCAGCUAGAGUUGGUUCGAGAGUUUGGAUACUCGGAUGAGGCUGUACAAUUGUUGCGAC